UAAAGUGAUUAUGUUUAUCGCCCUUAGAUACCGUCUCCACGGCUUCCCUUCACGCCCACGCCUUCGAAAAUAACUUCUCCUCCUCGGUAAACUCUUCGCAAUUUUCUCUCAGAUUUUUUUCUUUUCCCGCUCUCGUUGUUAAAUCACGACCUCGUUCAAACUGAUAUUCGAAUUCGUUUCGUGAACUUUAUUAAUUGAACGGUACAACAGACUUGCCAAUAAUAAAACUAGUGAAAAACUAGUGGAAAACUGUUCACUUUUGAUUGAAAAUGAUUCAAAUAAGAGAAAUUUCAAAGAGGCCAUGAUUUGAUUAGAUCUUUUUUGUAAAUGCAAUAAAAAAAUCGAUACAGUUUGAUUAUUUUUAUCGAGGAAAAAUUAUUAAAAGAUAUUUAAAAAAAUCAUUGGUUUAAAGGAUAUUGUAAAGUUCGUAAAACCUGCAACAUCUUCCAAACUAAUGAUUUUUCGACGUAAAUAGAUCAACACUUUUCUCGAUUGCUAUAAUUAAAACAAUGUAAUUUUAUUUAAAGAAAAAAAAAAAAAAAAAAAAAAAAAAACCUUCGUACAUCUACUUCUUGAUCGAAUCAUUUUCUCACACAAUAUGAUAAUAAUUUUCCACCACUUUUACAUUUACAUUUUAUUUAUCUAAAUUGAAAAAAGAAAAAAAGAAAAAAAAUAGAAAAUCCAUAAGACGAUUAUUGAAAUUGAAACGGAACGUCGAAACGAAAGAUUGUUUUUUUUUUUUUUUAAAGAAGGAUCGAUGGAAAGGUUGGAUGCACAGUUUUUUCAAAAGCGCUUUAUCAGCGGUGGUCGCGAGGACCGUACGCGGCCAAUGACUCACGAUGAAUAACGAAGGCUUUAUAGUAAAUGUUAAACGAGUUUUCAUUGAGCGAUACGCGUAUCCAUGUGGAUGGAUAAAAUUCCUUUGACUGACGAUUUAUCGCGCUACGAUAAUUAUAGGACGAUUCAUUUCUUUUUUCUUCUUUUUCUUCUUCUCUUGAUGUCUCUGAGAGAGACAUUGAAAAUCACUUUUUCUUUUUUUUUUUUUUUUUUUUCUUUCAACUUUUGAAUUACAUGUGAAUUUAAUUAAUUUCUUUCUCGUGAGAUUAGAUCCUAUUUGCGAGAUCGUCGAGAAUAUUGUAAAUAUUUUUUUAAACGAACAACUAAACUUUUCCUGAAACUUUCUACACAAACUUUCACGUACUACUAACUUUUCUUUCCCAUCCGAAUAAAAUAUCAAAAAUAAUCUUGCAUAAAUUUAUACGAUCCGAUUCCAAAAGAUUUUAUUCAAAAAAAAAAAAUUCCAUGUCUUUUAGCCGUAUUUCUCGACGAAAAAAAAAAAAAAGGAGAGAGAGAAAAAAGAAACCCUCGAAAGACGUGUCUCGAUACCACCCACGCGUUUCUCGUUCGAAUCGACGGUACACAAUUUUACGCAAGUGCGUGUCUGGCUGCGUGCGCCCUGCGAAAGCUCGCAAGCCCCCUCCGAAGGGUGAAUGGAGCCUCUAAUUUAGUCGGUGCCACGACCUCCCUACGAUUCGUACGAAUCCACGCUCCCGUACACUCGUCAAACUUUGUCUUUUUUUUCGUCGACAAUUUUUUUUUCUUUUUCUUUUUCUCUUUCUUUUUCUUUCCCUUCCAGUGCUUCGAUCCAGUGUUCUCGUCGAUUUUUUCUCUCGAGUUUUCAAUUUUUUUUUUUCUACCAAGUUCUAAUAUAUUCCGAUACCCCCCAAUCAAUUAAAUUGGAAUCAGAGUGAAUCUCGAUGAAUCUUGAACUACGGAAUGUGUGGUAAAGUGGUUUGGUUCAAAAUUUUGAGUCAAAACUUGGGUGAAAAAUUUGAUCGAUCUCCCCGCCGAUAAUUUUCUUUCUUCUCGCCCAUGGUGCUUCCAUCGAUCCAUUCAAUGUGCAAUUUUAAAAGUUAAACUUGCCUUCCUAAUAUUCUUUCUUUCAUUCUCGUGAUUUUACGAUAUUCGAGUCAUCAUUUACGGUGAUUUAAUAAAACGAUUGAAAUCGAAUACCAUACUCAACACCUUGGAACACGGUGAAGUUUAAUCGAACUAUUGAACAAUCCAAAAUUGAUUUAAAUAUUGCUAAAAGAAAAUAAUCUAAUAUCCACGAGAAUAAUAUAUUAUCGACUGUAUUAAAAAUCUAAAAAAAACACUAAAGUUACUCGAUGAUUUCAUAGAUGAGUAUUAUUAAAUUUAAAAAAUUUCGUUUUUUAUAAUUAACUUAUACGUGUAUACGAUUUAAUUUCGAUUUGGAAAUAUUCGACACGCGCCAUCACACGUAACGUACUUAUCUAAAAUAGAUUCUUUCUUUUUUUAACAAUGCUGUUAAAACUACCACUCUCGAGCAUACGAGCAAUCGUGGUGACACGAGGACACGACGAGGUAUCUCAACCUCGACAGAUAUCGUGAGAAUUGGCUUCGUUCGGAGGCCCUCGAUUAAUUCAACGAAUCCAUUGGAUAAACGCAGAGAGCGGAUCGAAAAUUCGGUUGAAAGCUGGAUUAUUGAUUUUUCAGCCGGUUGUUCGGCAACAAUGACAGUCGGUCAGCAUUGUUGAGCAUGAGGCAUCGCAUGUGACUGGUCACUGGUUGAGUCAAUUAGAGGAAAGAGAAAGAGAGAGAAAAAAGAAAGUGUUUAAAAGUUUGAAAAGAGAAAGAAGUGACAAUGACGAAAGCUCGAAACAUUUGACUCAUAAGUAAGGAAAAAAGAUUUAUUUAAAAAAAAAAAAAAAACCGUAUUCAACAAACUUUCGUUUAUAAAAAAUGAAACAUCGAUGACCGGAAGAAUAUAUUAAGUUGGAAUAAAAUUUUAAGACAAAAGAGAAAAGAAACGGUAUAGCGUUGUAAUUUUCCUUACGCAAGGAAAGGUAUAAAAUUAUAAACAGAGCGAUUCGACAGAGCGAAUAUUGGAUGUCGGCCGUAUGGCAGGGAUGAAUGGGCAACAUCCGGUUUUCUGAUUCACCAAGAUAUUCUUGAGAAAUGCGUAAGACACACGCCUAGACGUUUGCUCGAUCCAAUAUUGUCUUAACUGAUGGAUAAUUGAUAAAAUCGAACCGCUUUCGCCUUUUAACAUGAGAGAAAAAUAACCGUUUUGCAUCAUUUAAUCUCAUCGCUACGAGAUAAACGAAGAUUGUUUCAUCAUUGGUUACAAAUCGAUCGAUCGAUGUAUUUGUAUUUGUAAAAAAAAAAAAAAAAAAAAAAAAAGAAAAAGAAAAAAAAGAAUCGAGGAACGAUCAUUUACAAACUUUUUAUCGUUCACGGAUGGAAAAGUAUAGUACAGAUGCAAACAUGAGACAGUGUUUCGACGGAGUUUUAGUACACGGAGGAACAAGUACUCCUUUAACUAAUCACUAUGUGAAUGAUGCAAAUUAUUAUGAAAUCUCAAGCAAUGAUGACAAUUCAAGUCCCUUGGAGAAAUUUUACUUAAUUACUGGACAAAGGUGGCACACAGAUACUGUGCUACCUAUUCCUUUAUUACCAUCUACAGAGGGAAUGUCUGCUCGAUCUCAUCACAGAUAUCAACUUUUUAUACAUAGAAUCCCACAGUCCAUAACGGGACUGGAUGAUGCUGGAAUGGAUUUGCAAGCAGCUCAACUCAGUACCCGCACAGGACAGGAGGUACGUUCCACUGCAACCUUAUCAUGGCUAGACUGGCAAUUGCCCCUGUUUGUAGCAGUUUGCGCCAUCGGUGGCGUCAUUCUCUUUACAUUUCUGAUUUUGUUAUGGCUGCGGAAACAAAUGUCGCGUGAAAAAGAUACCGAAGAUGGUGAUAGGAGAGGUUUGGUAGAAGAAGGUGCUGUAGGUCACCCGGAAAAAUCUGUAAAACCUUCAAAAGGAUCGAUUGAAUGGGUUCAUCAACCCGCAACGAAAUCAUCAAUUCAAUCUGUUCCUACUCGACCUCUUACGCAACCCAUUGGUUUACCAGAAGUAAUGUCAGUAGCAACUCCAGAACGCAGACCGGAACCGAUACGCAUAAGGACUAAAGGAUUGUUAGAACGACGUGGAUCAAGCGCAAGUUUGACUAUAGAAUUGGCACCACCUCCAGAAAGUCCACCUCAUAUUGUUACACCUACUCGUGAAUGUACUGCAGAGGAAUUUCUAUUAAGCGCUGGAAACGUUUUAUCAAGAGCUCAACUUAGAAAGGCAAUCAGUGACACGGCAUCGUUACAUAAAGAAUUUUGGGAAGUUCCUCUUAAUUUACCCGAGAAAUUAGAUAUAUGUGGAUCUGGGGUGAAGAAUAGAUAUUGUUCCGUAUUACCAAAUCCACAAUCAAGAGUGAUUUUACCAGGUCCUUCUGAUGAUCCUCUUUCGAGUUAUAUUAAUGCCAAUUAUAUUCGGGGAUAUGAUGGAGAAGAUGCACGCUAUAUUGCAACACAGGGACCAUUAGCUCACACUGUGGAUGAUUUUUGGAAAAUGGUCUGGGCAGAAAAAGUACCCGCGAUAGUUAUGAUGACGAAACUAUAUGAAGCCGCCAAAACAAAAUGCGAAGCAUAUUUUCCAUUGGAUAAAAAUAAUCGCAUACAGGCUGGACUGUUUACAAUUAUUGUUAUUUCUAUUGAUACAAGAGAAGGAUACACGAUUAGAGAUUUGGAACUUCGAUAUGAAGGCGAAAGAAAGCAUGUGCAGCAUUACUGGUAUGAUUCAUGGCCGGAUCAUGCCGUACCUCAAACAGCGGAUACCCUUGUUAGUUUAGCUGCAGAAGUAAAUUCUUUACCAGGUCCGGUCGUUGUUCAUUGUAGUGCUGGAAUUGGACGAACUGGCUGUUUCAUAGCUUUAGCUACGGGAAUGACGCAGUUAUUACGAGAUGGGAAUGUAGAUGUAUUGGGUAUUUUAUGCCAAAUGAGAUAUGACAGAGGUGGUAUGGUUCAGACAGCAGAACAAUAUGAAUUCGUUCAUCGUGCACUUUGUCUGUAUGAACAGACACUUGAAGGUGGUAAAUCAUCAAGUUCAGGUGAUUGAAAUUACAAACAAAGUGAUUAUGGGAAUUGAUAAAAGUUCAGUAGAAGAAAAAGAAUUGGUCUUAGAAUUAUUAUAUGAAAAGAUUUACGAAAUGAAUAUGGUCUGCAACAUAUUAUUAACGUCCGGGUGUGAACAUUUGUACUAUGGAGGAAAUCCUAUGAAAAGAAUCUCGAUUUCAAUUCUAGACCAGCGGAUGUCUUAUUCGAUCUUCAGCUAUUCAAGAUGAGUUUUAUCUCAUUAAAUAAGCUGCCAUUUCUAUACUGCCAUGACAAAUCGUUGACAAUUAAUAUCAGUCACAAAGCUCAAGAUAAAGGUAAAUGAUUAUUGACUCAUGUUCUAAAGAGUUCUACAUUAUUCUUAAACGGAAUUAAAACUGUUUGACAAAUGGGGGAAAAAAAAAAAAAAAAGAAAAAGAAAAAGAAAAAAAGAAAAAAAAAAUACUUCAAUUUGACUCGCGAGAUAUCAGGGUUUGUCAAAGUAUUGAUUCAGAUUUUUAUGCAUUCUCUGUGUGUUAUAAAUUAGAUUUGUUAGUUAUAAACAUUUGCAUCUAUGAUAUUCUCAGAGUCCUAUUCUUUCUACAUUAUGAGCAGUUCUUACUUAGCUUUCCAGUACAGUAAACUAUUACAAAACUAAUGUUGCUGUCUACUAUACAAUUACAAAAAUAAUAACAUUAAUAGUUAUAAUUAUUUCAAAAUAAAAUCUUAAAUACACAGAAGGGCAAAUAAUUAUAAAAUUGGGACCCAGUUUAAUUAAAAAAUUUUUAUCCUAUUUGUAGUUCCUAGUUAAUUUUACAGUAAAAUGUACACACAAUGAUUUUUUCCAUGAUUUUUAAUUAAUUUAUCAAUAAAGACUGAAUGCAGGUAGUACAAUACGUUUAUUAUAUAUUAUAAGUUAUAAAUUUAAUUAGAAAUAUUAUGCUUCUCUGAUACAAAGCAAAAUUUAUGAUGUUAUAAGAUUGUAAAAAAUAUAAUCUUAUUUGAAAAAAAAGAAGAAAAAAGAUAAAUUGUAGAAUGAGUUUGUUAAGUUUUAAAGCAAACUAUUCAUUAUAUAGCAAAAAUAAAGUUGUUAUAGCAUUCUUUCCAAGUAUUAUGUAUAUACAAAGCUAUGAUUAUUUAUUUUCUUUACUGUAC